GUCACUGGAGACCGGCAGAAAGCUGAAGCUGCUGCAUCGCGGGGAGCGUGGGGCGUGCCAUGGCGGUGAACCUGAGCCGGAACGGGCCGGCGCUGCAGGAGGCCUACGUGCGCGUAGUCACCGAGAAAUCCCCGACCGACUGGGCUCUUUUUACUUAUGAAGGCAACAGCAAUGACAUCCGUGUGGCUGGCACAGGGGAGGGAGGCCUGGAGGAGCUGGUGGAGGAGCUCAACAGCGGGAAGGUGAUGUACGCCUUCUGCAGGGUGAAGGACCCCAACUCCGGCCUGCCCAAGUUUGUCCUCAUCAACUGGACAGGCGAGGGUGUGAAUGAUGUGCGGAAAGGAGCGUGUGCCAACCACGUCAGCACCAUGGCCAACUUCCUGAAGGGUGCCCAUGUGACCAUCAACGCCCGGGCUGAGGAGGAUGUGGAGCCUGAGUGCAUCAUGGAGAAGGUUGCCAAGGCCUCUGGGGCCAACUACAGCUUCCAUAAGGAAAGCAGCUGCUUCCAGGAUGUAGGGCCACAGGCCCCAGUGGGCUCUGUGUACCAGAAGACCAAUGCCAUAUCUGAGAUCAAGAGAGUUGGCAAGGAUAACUUCUGGGCCAAAGCCGAGAAGGAAGAAGAGAACCGCCGCCUGGAGGAGAAGCGGCGUGCUGAGGAGGAGCGGCAGCGGCUGGAGGAGGAGCGCCGCGAGCGAGAGCUGCAGGAGGCUGCCCGCCGGGAGCAGCGCUACCAGGAACAGCACAGAUCAGCUGGACCCCCGAGCAGGACGGGUGAGCCGGAGCAGGAAGCGGUGUCCAGGGCCAGACAGGACUGGGAGUCUGCUGGGCAGCAAGGCCCACACCCACGAGAGAUUUUCAAGCAGAAGGAAAGGGCUAUGUCCACCACCUCUGUCACCAGCUCGCAGCCAGGCAAGCUGAGGAGCCCCUUCCUGCAGAAGCAGUUCACUCAACCAGAAGCCUCCUAUGGCCGAGAACCCACGGCUCCUGUCUCCCGGCCUGCAGCAGGUGUCUGUGAGGAGCCAGUGCCUAGCACUCCGUCUUCUGCCCAGACAGAAGAAGAACCUACAUAUGAAGUACCCCCAGAGCAGGACACCCUCUACGAGGAACCACCACUGGUACAGCAGCAAGGCGCUGGCUCCGGACACAUUGACAACUACAUGCAGAACCAGGGCUUCAGUGGACAAGGGCUGUGCGCCCGGGCCUUGUAUGACUACCAGGCAGCUGACGACACAGAGAUCUCCUUUGACCCUGAGAACCUGAUCACAGGCAUUGAGGUGAUCGAUGAAGGCUGGUGGCGAGGCUAUGGGCCUGAUGGCCACUUCGGCAUGUUUCCUGCCAACUACGUGGAGCUCAUAGAGUGAGGCUGAGACCUGGCGUCCUUCUCCACCACAAGUGGCUUCCUUGUCGCCUAAGGAGGAGGCCGAAGAGUUAAUAUUUGGCACUCUUCCAGGAAUGGGACUUCAGUGAGGACAAGACUUCCUCUGCCUUGAGUGCUCCUGUUACCCCAGAUGUAGCAGUGUCCCACUGCUCCCCCAAAUGCUUACCACAGCCUCUAGGCCCUCUCCAGCCUUACACUUGGCCCCGGUGGGAAUGGCAUAUUGAGCCAAGGUUAACCAGUGACCAGCUCUGGAUGACCUCUGCCCAAGGACAGCAGCACUGAGUCAUUGGACUCAGAGCAGGGACAUCUGGGGCCACAGUGUACAUUUGCCUUUCUUUCUGGGUGGCUUCUAAGGGUGGUAGCUGCAGCUGUUUAGAAAGGCCCUUGGGAAUUGUGAACUUGAAAGAGAAUUGCAUUUAGCAAAAUCUUGACCAAAGUCAGACUAGACCGUGACUGUUUUGACAGAAGGGAGGUUUUCUCACCAGAGGCUUCCCUGCCUUUGUUAUCCCCGUGCCUGUGCUGUGGGAAGGAGGGAUGGGAUGACCAAGCUUCCAUCUCUGGGAAUGUGCAAAUUCAAAGACAUGCAUCAUGUGGUUCAUCUAUUGCGUCCUAUACCCUGGCUCAGCCCAUCACAGGAAGGCAGAGGCAGGUAGAUCCCUGAGUUCAAGGCCACGAGCCUAGCCUGGUGUUCACAGUUCCUGGGCAGCCAGGGUU